AUGUUCGCUACCGCCCGUCGCCUGCCCCUAGUGCGUCCCGUCGCCAGUCGGCGUCUGUUUCACGCCUCUGCGCCUGCAUUCGUCAAUGUUGGAGACAAGCUGCCUGACGUUGAACUCGUCGAGGGUUCUCCAGGUAACAAGGUCAACCUAGCAAAGGAGUUGACCGGCAAAGGCGUCAUUAUCGGUGUUCCUGCAGCUUUCUCGCCCUCAUGCUCCGAGAACCAUAUCCCCGGCUAUAUCAAUUCUCCUAAGCUGAAGGAUGCCGGCAAGGUGUUUGUUGUUUCAGUAAACGAUCCUUUUGUCAUGAAAGCAUGGGGCAAGAUGCUCGAUCCUUCAGGCUCCAGCGGCAUUCGCUUCUUGGGAGACCCCAGCCUUGGCUUUACAAAGGCGCUUGAUCUCUCUUUUGAUGGCGCCUCCAUCUUCGGAGGUGAUCGUUCGAAGCGAUAUGCUCUUGUGAUUGACAACGGUACCGUCAAAGCAGCACACGUCGAGUCUGAUAACACAGGCUUGAAUGUUUCUGCAGCAGACAAGGUCUUGUAA